AGCAAAGCAAGCAGCACGCACAGCACGCACAAACAGGACACAAAACACACAAGCAACAGCAAAGCGACCGACCAUCCAUCAUCCAUGUUGUUGUUGUUGGUGACCUGGGAUCAUCAUGGGCCGGAACCGCAGUGCUAACGGCGGUGAGCAGCGCCGUCGCCGGCCUACUGCAACUGAUGCUGCAGCUGAUGCUGAUGCUGCUGGGGACAAGGGGGACAAGGGGCCAUCAACAGCACGCGGUGAACGCGCGCGCGGCGCUGGUCGUGUGGUGGCGGACGGGUGGCAGGAGCCGAGGAAGAAGAAGCCGCCGCACAAACACCGUGACCGCGGUCACGUCGGUCCAGAGAGUGCCCGCCAGCCACAUCGCCCCCAGAGGUCUCAGCAGCCUCAGAGGCAGCACCCACAGCAGGCAAGGCAACAGCAGGGGCAGCGUGGGGCGUCGCUUGCCAAGCACUCAGCGGCAGGGCGGCGGCUGAAUCAGGCGAAGGCAUCCAAAGCACAGACACUACAAACGAGCCGACAUGGGCGGCAACAACACAGCCGCGACACUGAUGGACAAAGGGCUUCAGGCAGCUGGCACAGCAGCCACAAUGGGACAACGACACGAGGCAAGCCCUCACAGAGGGGCACACGGACCACCAACACACAUCAGCUGAAGCAGCAACGCACCAAGACGGCGGAACUGAAGGACCGCCAGCCUCAGAGAACACAACCCCAAACGCGCACCGCAUUGUCAGCAGGUAACAGUGCAGCGCAAGAGUCUCCGGCCAGGUCAGCGCCGAGCAGUGCUCCGCCAUCAGAGGCAAAGCUGACUCCGAGGAGGUGGGAGCAGGUGCCAUCGGCCCCAUCCACACGCACGGCCAUAUCCUCCUCACAACAAGAUGAGUUACACCACAAGGUGCAGGCCAAGGCCAAAGCCAAAGCCAAAGGCAAGACGCGACAGCAACAACAACAACAACAGCAGCAGCAGCAGCAGCAGCGCAGUCGGCCCAUUCCCAAGUCUGGUGCCAUCGACGUUGACUUGUCAAAGAUGCUACGUGUUCUCAUAUCCCAGUCUUCAUCAAAGAAGAAGAAGAAGAAGGCCAUGACACUUCAUGUGGGCAUGGGCCCAUCGCCCAGUUCGCGCACAUCCGCCUCUCGCAAGCGUGUCCAGAAGAGCAAGAGCACCACCCCCGGAUCAAGCGAACGACACAGGGGCAAAUUCAACGCACUGGACUCCACAGCGCCGCGCCAGAAGAGGGGCGUGGUGAAGAGCAGCCAGCGACGGAAGCGGCCAACGCGUAUCAGGCGCGCCCUCCUCCGCCACCGCGCAGCCGCUGUUGCUGCCACGCUCGAGCAGCUUGCUGCCGACAUGGACGCACUGCGCAUUGCUGGUGGUGAUGGUGGUGGUGGUGGUGGAGUUGGCGCUGAUGCUGAUGAUGCUGAUGCUGUCAAGCGCAAAACAGGGAGCAAUGUCCUGGUCAAGAUCAAGGAAGAAGAAGAAGUUGCAGAAGAAGACGAGGAGAAAGCAGAAUCCACUGCAACCGCCACCGCCACCAGCAGCAGCAUUGCGCGUUCUGCCAGUGCUUCCGGUGCCACAACGCAACAAGUGGGAACUUCUGACACAGGCCCACCAGCAGCCACAGCGGCGGUAGUGAAGAGCGAGGUGGUCGUGCCAUCAGCCGUCAUCAAGGAUGAGGACGAGUGCUCGGCACCGGCAAUGGCGACGCAGCAGACCAGCAAGCAACAACAACAACAACAACAACAACAACAACAACAACACAAGCAGCAGCAACCGGUAGUACGUGACGUUUCUGGCGCACGCUGGCCCAUCGUUACGGGUGUGCACAGCAACAAGUUUCGCGAAUACUGCACACACGCCCUCAGCAAGGAGCUGGACAAAACCGUCGCUGCCAUGUUCAAGAAACUGCUCAAGUUCCAGAAGCGCCAGCAGGGAUCGGUGGCGAUGAAGAAGCGACUGUGCAUGGGGUUUCAUGAAGUGCAGAUCAAGCUGGAUGCCGCAAAGCCGUCGCUCGUCAUCCUCGCGCCAGACAUCAAGCGCCACCCAGGCAAAGACGGGCUGGAUGAGGCGGUUGAGCGGGUGGUGUCGACUGCAGCCCAGCACGAGAUUCCCGUCGUGUUUGCACUCGGCAAGCGCAAGUUGGCGUAUGCACUGAAGCGGACAGGGGACGUGAGUGUCGCCGCUGUGCUGUUCCAUGACGGCGCUUGGGACGAGUACAAGCACAUCCAACGCCUGCUUCCUGAUCUUCAGCAGCAACUCCGGGACAAGCUGGUCGCGGCAGCGGCUGACCCCUUACAGCAACAGCAACAACAACAUCAUCAGCAGCAACAGCAUCAGCAGCAGACUGAGUAAGGCGAUACCACAGCUGCACACGAGGGUGCACAUGACUGAUGUUUUCAAUUGCGUGCACGCAUGCGAGGUUGCAAGCGUGUCGGCUUAUGUGUGUGUGUGUGUUACCCGAAUGGCUUGUGCGCCAGGCUGCUUGCUUGCUUGCUUGUUUGCUUGCUUGCUUGCAUGCUUGGAUAUCAUUCUGUUCUCUUGUCUUUUCUCUUGUUAUUCUUCUGACCUCGUACAUCAUGAAGUAAUGGACCCACAACAUCGAA